AUGGAGGCAGAGGUGAUUCCUGAUAGGUUAAAGGAGGCUUUGGACGACCUCCUUUCAUUGGAUCCACUCCUGGACACUGGAUCUGAUUCAACACCAGUGUCUAUUCCUGCUGUAUCAUCGACACCUGAAAGCACAGGUCUUCCUGCAGGUCUGAAGCCGGCACCAGCAGAUGUGGUCGUUCGACCAGCGGUUGUGGUUCAGAAGAAGAAGGAAAAUGCUCUGGAUCAACUGGAUACCACUCUGGCAAGUCUCGCGUCGAGUUUGGGUGGUAGCUCUUCUAAUUGGGGAACUGGUACUACUUCCAAAGUAAGCAGGAAAUGCAUGAAGGCUGAGAAUUGA